AUGGGUCGAAGGAAAAUGAAUCUUACGCCUGAAGAAGAAAUUGAACAUAAAAGAAGACGUCGCGAAAAUAAUGCUGAAGCUGCCCGUCGUUAUAGGGCAAAACGUAAAAAUCAGAAAGCCCUUACAACUGAUACAAAUCUUCUCCAUGAUAUGAAUUCCAAUGGGAAUACAUCUCACAGUAGCAAUGUUCUUUUAGGUAAUUCUACAUUACAAAGCCCAAGUACGGCUAAUGGCAUCUUUAAUGUAAAUCUACCAAUCGUCAUAAAUACUGUUACAGAAAACAUUUCUUCAAGUUUCACUAACACAAGAAGUAUUUCCGAACAUUAUAUUGGAAAAAUGGACGUAUACUGUUGUCAUUGUAACGCGAAACACUUUAAUGCUGAAAAAGUUGCAAAUAAAGGAAUGUCUUUCAAUGACUGUUGCCAUCAUGGUGAGGUUAAACUUGAUCCGUUACCGGAUUUCCCUGCAUUUUUAAAAUCGUUAUUUGAAAAUACUCAUCCUAAAUCGAAUAAUUUUUUCCAAUAUGCUCAAGAAGCUUUAGAAAUUCGUUUGAAAAAUAAUAUAGAGUGUGAUAGUGAAAUCUUGAAGGAACUUGACACUUUCAUGCGACAGAAUAAUGUAUUUGCAGAUUCUUAUCAAAUGAUGGCGAAAGAACUUAAUAAACAAUGUUCCAAUAGUAAUAAUAGUAAUGAUGACCCAGAAUUGCAUUUAAUGUUUACAUUGAAACCAGGUGUAGAUAAAAGACGGUUCAAUUUUCAACGAGAAAACGAAGUUGCUGUUAUCUUCUCAACAACUGCUGAUGGUGAAAUUCCGGAAUCAUAUGUUUCAGUGAUCAAUAAAAAUACUAAAUCUUACAUUACGCAGAAUGAUUAUCAUAAAUACAGAAUAGCAAUUAGAAAUGAAUUCAAUGUUUUCUUAAUGGGACGCCGGUUAUUUCAACAAUGGGUCGUUGACAGUUAUGUAAAAACUGAAAAAGAUAGAUUAAAUUAUUUAAGGAAUAAUCAAAAACAACUACGUGCGGAAUCAUACCAAGGCCUAAUAGAUCAUUUAAAUAAAUGUCGCAACAGUGAAAACAAUGAUAACACUACUAAUAUUGGAAAAAUGAUAAUUCUUCCUUCAUUAUUUUCUGGAUCUCCUCGUAACAUGUUACAACAUUAUCAAGAUUCAAUAGCAAUUGUUCGAAAAUUCGGUAAACCAGACAUAUUUGUGACGAUGACAUGUAAUCCUAAUUGGCUUGAAAUUAAAGAAAAUUUAUUUUCAAAACAAACUGCUGCAGAUAGGCCAGAUAUAGUAACACGUGUAUUUAAUAUAAAAAAAAAUGCUUUAAUUGAUAUGAUUGUUAAAGAACGUCAUUUCGGAGAAGUUUUAGCUUAUGUAUACGUAAUUGAAUUUCAAAAACGUGGAUUACCUCAUAUGCAUAUGUUAAUAACGUUAGCAGAGAAGUAUAAAAUAACAACUCCACAAAUGGUCGAUAAAUAUAUUUGUGCUGAAAUCCCAAAUGAAUCCGAUGAUCCUAUAUUAUAUGAUAUAAUUACUAAAAAUAUGCUUCAUGGACCAUGCGGAAAUUGGUGUAUAGUAAAUGGAAAAUGUUCGAAACAUUACCCAAAAAAAUUUCAACAAGAAACAACUAUGGAUGAAAACUGUUAUCCUUAUUAUCGUCGCAGAGAUUUAGGAAUUAUUUUUACUCGAUCUCAAGGAUCUCACUUUACAAAUGAACAUGUAGUUCCAUAUAAUAGAAUACUUUCGAAACGAUUCAAUUCACACAUAAAUGUAGAAAUUAUUUCAUCCAUAAAAUCAGUAAAGUAUUUAUAUAAAUAUGUUUAUAAAGGACAUGAUAAAGCGCUCAUAACGAUAAAUGGAAAUGUUUCAAAUAGUGAUAAUAAUGCUAUAUUCAGACCAGCAGAAGCUGUGUGGAGAAUAUUGUCUAAACCAUUACAGGAAAAAAGUCAUAGUAUUAUAAGAUUACCGAUUCAUUUACCAAAUCAACAAAAUUUAUUAAUCAAUAAUGACUGUGAUGAAGCAGAAAUUAGAAAUGUUUUAGAAAAGCAAACUAUGUUAAUUGAUUUUUUUGUAUUGAAUGCACGUGAUCAGAAUGCUAGAAAGUAUAUUUAUACAGAUAUUCCUUAUCAUUAUGUAUUUAAAAAAGAAAAUAGAUCAAAUACUUUUCAUUGGGUACAGCGUCAAAAACAGUUUAAAGUUAUAAGUCGAAUGUAUUCAGUAAGUCCUUCACAAGUCGAAUUAUUUCAUUUAAGGUUAUUAUUAACAAAAGUAAAAGGACCAAAAAGUUACGAAGAUAUCAGAACAGUAAAUGGUCAUACAUAUGAUACUUAUAUGAAUACUUGCUUGGCAUUAGGAUUGAUUGAAGAUGAUAAUGAAUGGGAACGUGCAUUAGGCGAAGCAGAGAGUUGGAUGAUGCCAUAUCAAUUAAGAUAUCUUUUUGUUCGUAUAUUACUGCACUGUUAUCCGAUGUAUCCUGAUAAACUUUGGGAAAAAUUUAAGAAGUCAAUGUCAGAAGAUUAUACAAUAAAUUUGGGAUCAAUUCUAGGUGAGAAAAAAGCAUACUUUCAUAUAAAUUCUAUACUCUGUGAUGAAGGAUCACAUAUAUCAAAUUUUCCAAAUAUGCCACAAAUGACAGAUUGGGAAUAUGUAGAUGAUAACGGAACAAUACAGGAAAAUAACCAUCGUGGAGCUCAGCAAUAUCAAACAUUAAAUGAGCAACAAAAAGAAAUUUCUAAAAACCGAAAUAUUUGUACUAUGGCUUACACAGGAAUUGCUGCUACGUUACUCCCAAAUGGGAAAACUCUUCAUAAAACUUUUAAUCUGCCUGUACCUCUUUUUUCUGAUUCAUCAUCAAACAUCAAAUAA